UCGAACGUUUGUGUCACUGGUCUGUGUUAGGGUUUGGCUUGUACAAAUACAAUUUCAUAAUCGUUGAGCAUUUGUGGACAGAAUAUUUUUAACGAUUUUGCAAGAAUAAAAUGGCUGGAGAAGGACAAGCUGAUAUCGCUUUGAUAGGUCUUGCUGUCAUGGGACAGAAUCUUAUCCUCAACAUGAAUGAUCAUGGAUUUGUUGUAUGUGCCUACAACAGGACUGUGGAAAAAGUUGAUCGAUUUUUGGCAAAUGAAGCUAAAGGAACUAAGGUAAUUGGUGCGCAUUCCAUGGAGGAAAUGGUGUCAAAGUUGAAGAAACCACGUCGUGUUAUGAUGUUGGUAAAAGCUGGCAAUGCUGUUGAUGCAUUUAUUGAUCAACUGGUGCCAUUGCUUGAGAAAGAUGACAUUAUUAUUGAUGGUGGAAAUUCAGAAUAUGUGGAUUCUCAGCGUCGAUGCAAGUCUCUGCAAGAGAAAGGCAUUUUGUUUGUGGGAAGUGGUGUUAGUGGUGGUGAAGAUGGUGCUCGUUAUGGUCCUUCACUCAUGCCCGGUGGUUCUCCUAAAGCAUGGCCUCACAUAAAGGACAUUUUCCAAUCAAUUGCUGCACAUGUUGGUAAAGAACCUUGUUGCGAUUGGGUUGGUGAGGAUGGAGCUGGUCAUUAUGUGAAAAUGGUUCAUAAUGGUAUAGAAUAUGGGGAUAUGCAGGUCAUCUGUGAAGCGUAUCAUUUAAUGAAGGAUGCUUUAGGAAUGACUGAAGGUGAAAUCAGCAAGACUUUGGACGAAUGGAACAAAGGUGAACUUGACUCGUUCCUUAUUGAAAUAACCAGAGAUAUUUUAGCAUUCAAUGAUACAGAUGGCAAGCCUUUAGUGACAAAGAUACGGGAUUCUGCCGGACAGAAAGGUACUGGAAAGUGGACAGCAAUAUCUGCAUUAGACAAAGGAAUUCCUGUUACACUCAUUGGUGAAGCUGUAUUUGCCCGUUGUUUGUCGUCAUUGAAAAAUGAACGUGCUGAAGCAAGCAAGCAUUUAAAAGGACCAAAGGUUACAAAAUACAAAGGAUGCAAAAAGGAAUUCAUCGAACACAUUAGAAAGGCUCUUUAUGCUUCUAAAAUUGUCUCAUAUGCUCAAGGAUUCAUGUUGCUAAGGGAGGCAGCAAAACAAUAUAAUUGGAAUUUAAAUUAUGGAGGAAUUGCUCUCAUGUGGAGAGGAGGGUGUAUUAUUCGCAGUGUAUUUUUGGGAAACAUCAAAGAAGCUUUUGACAAGGAUUCAAACUUAAAAAAUCUCUUGCUUGACGAUUUCUUCAAGAAUGCUAUAGAAAACUGUCAGGAUUCAUGGAGAAAGGUGGUUGCUACAGCUGUAACAUUAGGAAUACCUACCCCAACAUUCAGUUCAGCUUUGGCAUUUUUUGAUGGUUACAGGUCCGAAACUCUUCCUGCAAAUCUUAUUCAGGCUCAACGUGACUACUUUGGAGCUCAUACGUACGAGUUAUUGUCGAAACCUGGUGAUUUUGUUCAUACCAAUUGGACAGGUCAUGGUGGAAAUGUCUCAUCUAGCACUUACAAUGCUUAAACAUUUAAAAACUUGUUUUACUUCACAGAAAAUGUAGAAAGAAAUGCAUACUUUAAAAUAAGCACCAAACUCUGAAGAGAAACACAAGAAAUUGGUUUGUCAAAUUAUAGGUUUCAGUCUUAAAAAACGAACCCAAAUCACUUAGCAAUAACGGAAAUAUGCCAUGAAUUAUUAAAUUUGCUUACAAUAAAA